UCCGGCCACGCCCUCCUGGCAGUCACGUGAGGCGCCAACAUGGCGGCGUCCGAGCGACGAAGUUGUCCUGAAUCGAGGGAUGUUGGUGUGGUGCAGGAGGGAAAUAGGGAAGCGCCCCAGGACAUCAAGAUGACACUUAAUAAACAUGGACAGCUGAUUCCUUCUCUAGGAGAUGCAAAGUUCAGAAGCCCAAUAAUCACUGAAAUUAUAGAAAAGAAGUUUGAAUAUUAUAGAAAUGAUGAGACUUUAAAUAUAAAUGGAACUUUAGUCUUCGGAACAUGUAGUAGUUUGUCUGGCAUAAUGGCAAACUUAAUUUUCAGAAACAGUUUCAAGGUUAAAUAUGAAGCUUUGAAGACCUAUGCAUCCUUGACUACACUUCCAUUUUUGGCUACCAUUGUUUCUUACAAGCUCUUUGUAACUGAUGCUUUGAAAUCAGGUAGCAUAAGCAAGGAAAGCUGUGUGCUCAGAUGUUCGCUGAUUGGUGUAGCGUGUGGUGUUUCAUAUCCCAGUGCUUUGGCUUUUUAUAAAAACGGACGUUUGGCAGUUAAGUAUCAGACUGUUCGGCUGCCACCAAAGGGAAGAGUUAUACUCCAUUGGUUGCUCCUUUGUCAAACUGGGAUGAAAGCAAUGGCCAUUCCUCUGUUCUUUCAGAUAUUAUUGGGAGUGUUUAAUGGCUUACAUCACUACAGUGUAUGUGAAAAAGCACAUGCAACGCCUUUGCCUGAUGACUAACCAAAGAAUUAGUGGAGGCCGGUUCAGUGGAAUGAACUUCUUUAUAAUACAGACUUUACCACUGGUCUAAGAGUGAAAAGUAACUCUGCUACUUUUGCCUAGUAUAUAUCAGAUACUCAGUAAUUAUGAAUGUUACAAAUGUUAAACAAACAUAAGUUUCUUCUUUAUUUCUUCAUUGUAUAUAGGAAUGGGUUUGGAGCCUCAGAUCUGACAGUACAGAUACAGUGAGUAUUUGGUAUGUGUCACACACUAUGUGUGUAAUAAGAAAUUAUCUCUAAAGAAAGACUUCUUAGAAGAGAAGUAAGAAAUAUGAACACAUCUUAUAAGAUGGCGUGAGAGAUACACACAUAUUUUGAGGGAGCUGAGACUGUAACUGUUAACUAUUUAGGCGGAGGAUGUUUCAGGGAAAAGUAACAUGAGCUAAAUGUUAAUGGAGGAAUUGGAAGGUCACAAGAAAGGAAAAUGUGGGAAAAUAUAGAAGGUGAGAGCAAGCCUGAGAUGACCCCCAGUUCAGUACCACAGGGCCUAGGUGGGCAGACCACACCCAACAUGUCCCCUGCCUGGGCAGGACAUUGCACUCCUGAGAUAACCCCAAAGGCCCCAGGUGCCACUACAAUGGAGAGUGGCGAGUAAAUGGAGAGAGGGGAGAGGCAGAAGGAUGCUGCACAGUGGAGAGAGGCAGAGCUGGAGCCUUGAGAGGAGUGAGGCGCAGCCUGAUGUGAGUAGCCAGUGAUGCCACCUAAGGCUAUGGUGAGUCCUGGCCUGGGCUGCUCCCAAGGGCCAUGUCUGGGUCCAAGGCUCUGCAGCAGCAGGGGGUUUGUUACCACCAAAGACUAGUGGACUUCUCUGGGGCCAUGUUGAUGUCUGAGGGCUGUGCAGGUUCCACCCUCCACCUGCGCAUCCUGGGAGAGCUGGCCCAGAAGGCAUCAGAACAAGAAUGCUGGUCUCGCACCUCACCAGCUGCAGCACUUAGGAGAGUGGGUCCUGCACUUAGCCCAGAAAGCAAGGUAGAGCUGUCCCUGGUUGCUGGGAUUGCAGUGAGCCGGGACAUGAGAGCGGAGAGCUGACUGCCCCUUGCAGCACUGGGUGAGCUAGCUGGGGCAGUGCUGGAGAGCUCGCCGGAGUGGUGGAGGUGCGAGGGAGCUGGCGGGCUGACCAGCUCCGCUACCAACCAGGCCCAGACCCAGGGCUUUGAGAUGGCACACACUGUUAUCUGCCCCAUCUGUGAACUGCUGGAGUGCAUGAAGAGGGCUGGUCCAAAGCUGCAGGGUUUCCAUAACACGAGGCAACAACAGAAUAUUUGAGAGUAGUCCUGAUGAGGAUCCAGUAUGGACCGUGUAGGAGAACCUCACCCCAGACCAGUGAUUCAUUGCAAUGAACACUUGCAAGUAAAGAAGUGUAGACAAAAGGGUGUAUUGUGGGACACACUGUGACACUAUAGCUUCCACAAUGAGAUUUUUUCUUUUGUCAAUAGGUUGCAAGGGAAGAGUGUGUACAAAAGGGCGAUGAGAUGAGUAAGAUUGGGGUGUGUUGCAAGAUAUUUCUUAUCCAUUCACAUUGAAGCAGUGAGAGGCCAGUGAUUGGAGGAGAGAGAGGAGGAGGAGCUAAGGAGGGAGAGAGGCUUGGUGGACCCCACCAAGCUGAGAGGGAGACGCAGAUAUCCAGAUAGCUUCAGACAUAUUUCUAAUGUUUUGGGGAGGUUAGAAAUAUUGGGAUAAGACUUUAACAUUGUAAAAUAGCAUUAUGAAAUCGGAAGUUCUUAUACAUAAAUAUAUUUGGCUAACUAUUCAAAUUUAGGAGUCAUGCUUUACUGGAUACUUGGAAGGAGUGGUGCAGAGGUCUGGCAGGACAGUACUCUUUUUUUAAAUACUUCCCACUACAGGGGUGCACGGAAUGAAAUUCACAAUCAAUAAAAAGUUAAGUAAAAUGGAGAAUGCAUGGCGGUCCUUGGGCUCACAAAUAAACACACAGGGUUGUCUCUUCAAAGGGAAGAAUAUAUAACCUGUUGUCUUAGUCAGGGUUUCUAUUCCUGCACAAACAUCAUGACCAAGAAGCAAGUUGGGGAGGAAAGGGUUUAUUCCACUUCCACACAGCUGUUCAUCACCAAAGGAGGUCAGGACUGGAACUCUAGCAGGUCAAGAAACAGGAGCUGAUGCAGAGGUCAUGGAGGGAUGUUUCUUACUGGCUUGCUUCCUCUGGCUUGCUUAGCCUGUUCUCUUAUAGAACCCAAGACUACCAGCCCAGGGAUGGCACCACCCACAAGGGGCCCUCUCCCCUUGAUCACUAAUUGAGAAAAUGCCCACAGAUGGAUCUCAUGGAGGCACUUCCCCAGCUGAAGCUCCUUUCUCUGUAAUAACUCCAGCCUGUGUCAAGUUGACACACAAAACCAGCCAGUACACCUGUUUUAAAUGUUCUCCAUAAAGGGGACACUUCAAUUUACAGUGGGUCAUUCCCACUGUGAAGAAAAACAAAAACUAAACUCAUGUAGCAGUGCUGCUGCCUGACUCAAGCUGUCAUUAGACACCCCUCCCCACUGGGCUCCAGAUGGGCAGCAGAACAGGUUGCAGAGCUGGAGGGCUCUGGAUUCUAGUCAGAUCGCACAUGAAGGCCAGCCCUGAACACAGUUGACUCAGUAUCACAAGAAGUGGCUUCAGAGUCACACGCCUGGCUCUGCCAAGAUGUGUCCAGCUGAUAUUUUUUUAAUGGUCCUCCUGAAAAGGGCCAAUACAUUACUGAAUUCUAGAUUGCAAAAUAAUUGACAGGGAUUUUAUUCCCCUUUCUGGGCUCCUUUUGCAUUAGCUCCUAUGUGCUUCCAUUUACUAACACAAGUGGUUCCUUGUUUAGGAAAUAAGGAGUUGAAUUUUACAGUCACAAAAUUGCAGAGUUCUUACUCUGAAUAAUUUGUUCCUCUAGAUCUUGGCAAACAUCUCAAUAACCAUAAAAUGCUUUACCCCAGAGGACUGAGAAAAAACCAUGCUUAUUUCAUUGUAUCAGUUACAGUUGGGACCCUUUGGUAAGAGGACUAAACUCUUACUCUCUAUUUCUAUUUACAGAAAAAUGUUCUUACCUUCUCCAAGAGUCAAGGCCCACACAUUAAGCAGCCGUUGUAGGGGCUCUCUGUGGCCAGCAGAGUGAUGAUCCAACAUCAGUGACUCAGAAGUCAGUGUUGGUGCAAACCUCAAGAGUCUGACCUUGUGUAGUUUAUUUUAGGCAUGUUUAAGCACAGCACAAAAGUCUCCUAGUGAUAAACAACUCCAUACAUACAACAAAGCUUAAGACAUGACUACAUCAAAACUCUUUGUAGACUACAUGUGACAUCUUUCAUAAAGAUAAGCUCUAUAGAUUGGCUGGGAAAAGCAAGCUCAUGAUAUGAGUGGGUGGGGGGAAUUCAGUGUGGCCUUGGCCACACAAAUAGCACAAAGGUCACCAGGCUAUUGAUCACGCCCAUUCAGAGCCUUCUGGGUGGAAAACAGGUUAUACAUCUCUCCCUUUAACCAGACAACUCCAUGUGUUUUAAUAUUACUUAGCCACUUCUCAACCUGUGGGUCAUGACCCCUUUGGCAAACCUCUGUCUCCUAAAAUAUUUACGAUUUGUUACAGUUUACAGUUAUUAAGUAGCAAUGAAAAUAAUUUUGGGGUGGGGGUCACCACAGCCUGAGGAACUGUAUUAACGGGUCACAGCAUUGGGAAGGUUGAGAACCACUGCCCCUGUGUUAUCUGUGAACAUAAGGAGGUCUAUGUCUCCUACAGAAAGACAUCCCUCUACUCUCUACCCCAAUCAGUGUACUAAGCAUGCUCUUAUUUACAUAGAUUGUCUUUGCUUACAAUUUAAAUGUCAUACAUCUGUAUGUCAUAUAUUAAAAACCAGAAGUGUAAUGAUUUGAUCACUGGUCUCAAGAGGGACAAAAAAUCUAAACAAAAGAAUUCGCAGUACUUUUUUUGGAAUCUGCUAAAACAUUCCUGAACUGUAUAUCUUCAUUCUGAAAACAAAUACUGAUAAGAAAAGCUAUGGGAUAAAAUCGCACAGGUCAUUCUUUUUUUUUUUUUUUUAAAGAUUUAUUUAUUUCAUUUAUAUGAGUACACUGUAGCUGUCUUCAGACACACCAGAAGAAGGCAUCAUCGGAUCCCAUUACAGAUGGCUAUGAGCCACCAUGCGAUUGCUGGGAAUUGAACUCAGGAAAAGCAAGCAGCCAGUGCUCUUAACCGAUUAGCCAUCUCUCCAGCCCCCCGACAGGUCAUUCUUGUAUAUGAUUAUAUUAGAAACUUGUCUCGGUGGCCCAGUGAUGUCUGUAAAAAUGAUAUUUUACAGACAGAAGCGGAAAAGAAAUGUCUCCUGGGAAGAACGGAACUCUCUGGAAGCUGAAGAACCUGAUAAUCUCACCUGGCAAUUUACCGUACUCUCUUACUUUUUGGCUAUUUAAAAUGAGCCCUUAGUUCUCUAGUAGCUGUUUGCCUUGACUUCCUCCUUUUCUCUCUUCACCGGGAUUCUUAAGGCCUGGCUGAUAAUCCGGUCUUUGAAGUCAACUCACUGACCUGCCAAACCCCCUUUUCAGAAUUACAAUGUCUUGUUUCAUAGUUGUUUACAUAAUUACUACCUUCUAACUACAUACAGGUUUUUAUGGCUGUGCAUAUGUAUAUGAGGAUGGCUCGGGCACUACAGGUACUGAAAGCAUUGAUUUACUCAGGAAGUUUUGUUUCACAAGAUAGAAGGCUAAAUGUUAGAUAAGGAUUUCUCACAAGAACUUGUUAAGACCCAGGUGGUAUAAGAAACUUCAAAGUCUUUGAAGGUUUACUGUAAACUAUGAGUGACUCUGUAUUCUAAUCAGGAAGUUUGAUGGCAUCUGUAAAUUGAUCCUCUGUAUCUGUUUCUUGAGAACUUUGUUCCUGAUGUUGCAUUUCCUUGUACCAAAUGGCUAUGAUAAUUGUGCCUGCCCCACUGGCUACAUCUUUUGAAAUGGUAAUACCAACUCUUCCUGUAUAAAAAUCCUUGCCUUAUAGCUCCAAAAUACAUUCAGUUCAAAC